AACAUCUUUUUGUGACUUGACUCCAUUGGUAUUCUCUCUUCCGUUAUCAAUCUGGGUGCCACUUUCCCUAGCGCCUCAAUGUCAACUUUACUAUCCGCUGCCCGAACGCCGCCACUCCGUGAACGUGGGCUUUAUUGGCCAUCACCGCAGAAGACUUAUGCCUGGCAUGGGGACAUCGACAGCUGCAAUAACGCAGGGGGCAGACAAAUCUAACAAAGGCGGAGGCGUAUGAGUAGAGUUAAAGCAGACGGGAAUGAAGCCCAUCAUUUACAUUCAGAUCAAAGUGAGCGCGAGAUAUGGAAAUCUUGUAUCGACGCCGUAAAGUCUCCACCAAUACACCAAGGCACGGGAACGGAGCCGCAAGGAAGCCAUCACUGUACGAAAGCUUCAACUUUGGGAACCAUCGGAGCCAUGUUCGGAUUCAUUUUCUGCCUAGCGCUGCCAAAAAAUCUGGACCAAGCGGAGGAGGGACAGUUAUAUAUGCCGCUUCAAACCCAGUCGUGAACGAAAUCCGAACUGCCAUGGUGUCACCGUCCGCUUUUCUUGCCGAGUCGACAUCUGCGACACAGUUGUCACAUUUCUUGGACGAGACGUUGACAAGCCCAUGCAGAGCCUAUCGAUGCUUGUCACCAGUCCCUCCGAUAUUGCACCCGGAUCGUGCCAUCGAACCUUGCGGAAUUCUUACAAUGGAACCGAUGCCCACGACCACAGAACUUCAUAUGCUACUAACAAAGACCUGUGUGUCAGCCUUAGCAACUCACUCAGCCGGCAAUGCGCACACUUUAGGGAAGAGCGCCCUUCAGCUGAGUGCAAUCUCCAUCUCAUCGUCAUCUACAUCUUCGACCUUAACCUCGAUUUCCCAAGCGGUAUCAUUUUCAGCACUCGAAGUCAAAGAGCUUCGCACUCACUCGGCAUGUGUGACGCACUGACGCCAAAGAGCUUCGCACUCACUCGGCAUGUGUGACGCACUGACGCCAAAGAACUUCGCUUCGCUUCCAUCUGCACAAUCACAAGCUGUGACAGGUGCAUCGGAUGGACCAUAACGCCAGACAUUUAUCAUUUGCAUGCCGUGGUUCCUCAAAGUCGCG